AAGUAACACAGCUACAACGCACAGACCUUCAAGACAACAGGAUGGCAAAAUUUUUGACACAGGACCAAAUUAAUGAAUUUAAAGAAUGCUUCUCACUGUAUGACACCAAGCGUAAAGGAAAGAUCAAUGCCCCGGACCUGCUGACAGUGAUGCGAUGCUUGGGGACAAGUCCAACCCGUGGGGAGGUGGAUCGGCACUUGCAAGUCCACAAAAUAGGUUCCAAUGGUGAAGUCGACUUUUCCACAUUCCUCACCAUAAUGCAUCGCCAAAUACAGCAAGAGGACCCUAAGACAGAAAUCCUGGAGGCUAUGCUGAUGACAGACAAGCAGAAAAUGGGCUACAUUCAGGCCUCUGAGCUACGAGCCAAGUUAACAGGCCUUGGAGAGAAGCUCACCGACAAAGAAGUAGACGACCUGCUAAAGGAGGCUAAUGUGGAGCCCAAUGGCAUUGUGCAUUAUGAAGAGUUUGUUACCAUGAUUACACUGCCACCACCAGACUACUAACAAAGCAGAAACCAAAUGAGCAAAAGUCGCAAAAGCCCAGAUGAAACAUGGCCCCCCUCUGUGCUGGUGGUUCCUCGUCUUACACUAUUAAGCACUGACAAAAGUAGGAAGCAGACAACAAUAAAAGAAGCAACUUGUGCGGCUACAGGUAAAAACUAAAAAGUAAGAAUGGGAAAUCAGAUAAAUGUAAACAACCUGUUGUAAAAACAAAUAAAAAAAAUACUUAGCAAUUCAUAUGGGGCUUUUUCAAUUAAAAUGUUUUCAGUAAAUUAUUUAAACCCAGGUUUAACGUACAAAACUGCAUGCUACUAAACUACAUAAAUUCAUCAUUUUGUAUGAGGUUCCUAUUGAAUGUUACUUCCACAAGUGGUCUUUCCGAGUUGGAAAAUUACUUUUUAAAGUGAAUACCUUAAAGCUGAGAAGAGGAAGUUGUAAUGUGUUCAUAUUUCUACCGCUUUGCAUCAUUCUGCAUGGCAGUUUUCAAUCCUGGGUAGCUCAUGUCAACUACA